AUGAAGCUCGUCGUAUCAGCACUCGUGUCGCUAGCCAUCUGGGCUACAUCGGCCUCUGCCACCGCCGUGUACGGCCAGUGUGGAGGUAUUGGUUUCAGCGGUGACACGACGUGUGUAUCUGGCUCCAGCUGCCAGAAACUCAACGAUUACUAUUCGCAAUGCCUUCCCGGUGCCGCUGCCCCAUCAUCGACACCCUCUCAACCCGCUUCCACGACAUCGGCUGCUCCAACUCCCACCUCGACGAAGUUCAAAUUGUUCGGUGUCAACCAAUCCGGCGCAGAAUUCGGCGAGACCAAGAUUCCUGGUGUGUUGGGAACAGAUUACACGUGGCCUGCCCCUUCUUCCAUCGACUACUUUGUCGGCAAGGGCUUCAACAGUUUCCGUAUCCCAUUCAAGCUCGAACGUCUUAGUCCGCCCGCUGGCGGACUUACAUCCCCCAACUUCGAUUCGGCUUACCUCGCGUCGCUCAAAUCGACCGUUUCCUACAUCACCGGCAAGGGCGCAUUCGCUAUCAUUGAGCCCCACAACUACGCCCGCUACGUGGACAAUGUGAUCACCUCGACUUCUGACUUUGCUACCUGGUGGGGCAACGUUGCUAACCAAUUCAAAUCUAACGACCACGUCGUCUUCGACAUCAUCAACGAGCCUUACGGAAUCCCCGCAACUGACGCAUUCGCCCUGAACCAAGCUGCUGUCAAUGCCAUCCGUGCCGCAGGCGCCACAAGCCAACUCAUCCUCGUUGAAGGAACCGCUUGGACUGGAGCAUGGACCUGGGAGUCUUCCGGAAACGCCGCCGCAUUUGUGGGCCUCACGGACCCGAGCAACAACAUUGCCAUUGAGAUGCACCAGUACCUCGACUCUGACGGUUCGGGUACUUCGCCCACCUGUGUCUCGUCGACCAUCGGAGUAGAACGUCUCCAAGCCGCUACUGCCUGGCUCCAACAACACGGCUUCAAGGGUGUUUUGGGAGAAAUCGGCGCUGGGUCUAACGAUGUUUGCAUCGCCGCCGUCAAGGGUGCCCUCCAGCACUUGCAACAGUCCAACGGUGUUUGGCUCGGUGCUCUUUGGUGGGCUGCUGGCCCAUGGUGGGGUGACUACUUCCAAUCCAUUGAGCCCCCUACUGGGGCUGCCGUGUCGCGUAUUCUCCCUGAAGCUCUCCAGCCUUUCCUCUAG